UUUUUUUAGACCAAAUUUUUACAUAAUAAUUUAUCUCGUUUGACCCCAAACUGUGAGUUAAAUAAGUUAAUACGAGUUCACUAGUUUAAUUGUGGGUUUACUUACCCUAUGAGGAGUAUCUGAUUUUUGUCAGCCCUUGGUAGUAAUUUGACAAUGAGUAAUGCUGUCAGGAAACAAAAAUAGUUUUCCGUUUUGAUUAGUUUUUUUUCUACAAAUUGAUGAGCAAUCCAUGGCCUAAGACACACGCCCUGUGGAGUAGGCCUCAGCCAUUGGUAAUAUUGAUCUAUUGAUAAGUCUCUGCUAAUCUACAAGGUGUGGUGGGCAGAUAGCAGUGAUGGAGUGUGAGCUCGCCUAGUCUACUGGGUCAUGGGGAGCUGUUGACACUGUACCAUGGGUAACCGUGGUUCUGCUGCUGUAGAAACUCGGACUAUAGAAAUCGGCAAGUACGAUGGCAAAACGUUUCCAGACAACAGAGUCAUCUCUUACAAGUAUACAGCCUGGAACUUCUUAAUCAAGAAUCUGUUCGAGCAGUUUCGAAGAGUGGCAAAUUUCUAUUUCCUGUGCAUGGGCAUUAUUGCUGCUGUGAUACCCGAUAGUCCAGUGACCUCGUGGGCAACCCUGUUCCCUCUGUUAUUUGUGGUGACUGUCAGUGCCAUAAAACAAGGAUAUGAAGACUACAGAAGACACAAAGCUGAUAACAAGAUCAACAAUUCUUUAGUCACCGUUGUAAGAGAUGGUGUGGCGCAGGUACGAUUGCGUCAAUAG